CCCCUCGCCCUGCCAGAACGGGGGGACGUGCCGCCAGAUUGGGGACACCACCUAUGACUGCACGUGCCUGCCAGGGUUCAUGGGCCAGAACUGUGAGGAGAACAUCAAUGACUGUCCGGGCAACAACUGCAAGAAUGGAGGCACCUGCGUGGAUGGCGUCAACACCUACAACUGCCAGUGCCCGCCUGAGUGGACAGGUCAGUACUGCACCGAGGACGUGGACGAGUGCCAGCUGAUGCCCAACGCCUGCCAGAACGGGGGCACUUGCCACAACAACCACGGCGGCUACAACUGCGUCUGCGUCAAUGGCUGGACAGGCGAGGACUGCAGCGAGAACAUCGACGACUGCGCCAUGGCUGCCUGCUUCCACGGGGCCACCUGCCACGACCGGGUCGCCUCCUUCUACUGCGAGUGCCCCCACGGCCGCACAGGUUUGCUGUGCCACCUCGAUGACGCCUGCAUCAGCAACCCCUGCAACGAGGGCUCCAACUGCGACACCAACCCCGUCAACGGCAAAGCCAUCUGCACGUGUCCGUCGGGGUACAUGGGGCCAGCCUGCAACCAGGACGUGGACGAGUGCUCGCUGGGAGCCAACCCUUGUGAGCACGCAGGGAAAUGCAUCAACACCCAGGGGUCCUUCCAGUGCCAGUGCCUGCAAGGCUACUCAGGCCCUCGCUGCGAGAUCGACGUCAACGAGUGCCUCUCCAACCCCUGCCAGAAUGAUGCCACCUGCCUGGACCAGAUCGGGGAGUUCCAGUGCAUCUGCAUGCCCGGUUACGAGGGGGUUUACUGCGAGAUCAACACGGACGAGUGUGCCAGCAGCCCCUGCCUGCACAACGGCAACUGCCUCGACAAGAUCAAUGGCUACGAGUGCACCUGCGAGCCGGGGUACACAGGGCGUAUGUGCAACAUCAACAUCGACGAGUGCUCCAGCAACCCCUGCCACAACGGGGGCACCUGCAAGGACGGCAUCAACGGCUUCACCUGCCUCUGCCCCGAGGGCUUCCAUGACCCCAAGUGCCUGUCCGAAGUGAACGAGUGCAACAGCAACCCCUGCAUCCAUGGGAAAUGCCACGACGGGCUGAACGGCUACAGGUGUGACUGUGACCCAGGCUGGAGCGGGACAAACUGCGACAUUAACAAUAACGAGUGUGAGUCCAAUCCCUGCAUGAACGGUGGCACCUGCAAGGACAUGACCAGCGGCUACAUCUGCACCUGCAGGGAGGGCUUCAGCGGACCCAACUGCCAGACCAAUAUCAAUGAAUGUGCUUCCAACCCCUGCCUGAACCAGGGCACGUGCAUCGACGAUGUCGCUGGCUACACCUGCAACUGCCUCCUGCCCUACACAGGAGCCACCUGCGAGGACGUGCUGGCCCCCUGUGCUGGUGGCCCCUGCAAGAAUGGCGGCGAGUGCCAGGAGUCAGAGGACUACGAGAGCUUCUCCUGCAGUUGCCCCUCUGGCUGGCAAGGUCAGACGUGCGAGAUCGACAUCAAUGAGUGCGUGAAGAGCCCCUGCCGCAACGGGGCCACGUGCCAGAACACCAACGGGAGCUACCGCUGUGCCUGCAGGACCGGCUUCUCCGGCCGCAACUGCGACACCGACAUCGAUGACUGCAAGCCCAAUCCGUGCCACAAUGGUGGCUCCUGCUCCGAUGGUGUCGGCAUGUUCUUCUGCGAGUGCCUGGCUGGUUUCCGUGGGCCCAAGUGCGAGGAGGACAUCAAUGAGUGUGCCAGCAACCCCUGCAAGAACGGUGCCAACUGCACCGACUGCGUCAACAGCUACACCUGCACCUGCCCCUCUGGCUUCAGCGGCAUCCACUGCGAGAACAACACGCCUGACUGCACGGAGAGCUCCUGCUUCAACGGUGGGACCUGCGUGGAUGGCAUCAACACCUUCACCUGCGUCUGUCCGCCCGGCUUCACGGGCAGCUACUGCGAGCAUAACAUUAACGAGUGUGACUCCAAGCCAUGCCUGAACGGGGGCACAUGUCAGGACAGCUAUGGGACGUACAAGUGCACUUGUCCCCAGGGAUACACCGGGCUCAACUGCCAGAACCUGGUGCGUUGGUGCGACUCCUCUCCCUGCAAGAACGGAGGCAAAUGCUGGCAGACCAACAACCUGUACCGCUGCGAGUGCAACAGCGGAUGGACAGGGCUUUACUGCGAUGUCCCCAGUGUCUCCUGUGAGGUGGCUGCUAAGCAACAAGGUAUCGAUGUAGCUCAUCUCUGCAGGAAUUCGGGGCUCUGCGUGGACACCGGCAACACUCAUUUCUGCCGCUGUCAGGCCGGCUACACCGGCAGCUACUGCGAGGAGCAGGUGGAUGAGUGCUCCCCAAACCCCUGCCAGAACGGAGCCACCUGCACGGACUACCUGGGAGGCUACUCCUGUGAGUGUGUGGCUGGUUAUCAUGGAGUUAACUGCUCAGAGGAGAUCAAUGAGUGCUUGUCCCACCCGUGCCAGAAUGGAGGAACCUGCAUCGAUCUCAUCAAUACCUACAAAUGCUCCUGCCCCAGAGGAACUCAAGGGGAGCGCUGCGAGGGAGACGUCAACGAGUGCCUGUCCAACCCCUGCGAUGCCCGCGGCACCCAGAACUGCGUGCAGCGGGUCAAUGACUACAAAUGCGAGUGCCGACCUGGCUACGCAGGCCGUCGCUGUGACACCGUGGUGGAUGGCUGUAAAGGCAAACCCUGCAGGAAUGGUGGAACGUGCGCGGUUGCCAGUAACACUGGCCGUGGCUUCAUCUGCAAAUGCCCCCCGGGAUUCGUGGGUGCCACCUGCGAGAAUGACUCCCGCACCUGUGGGAACCUGCACUGCCUGAACGGUGGCACCUGCAUCUCUAUCCACAAGAGCUCCAAGUGCAUGUGCAUGCCGGCCUUCACGGGUCCCGAGUGCCAGUACCCGGCCAGCAGCCCCUGCACAUCCAACCCCUGCUACAACGGGGGCACCUGCGAGUUCUUCAGCGAUGCCUCCCCCUACUACCGGUGCAACUGCCCUGCCAACUUCAACGGCCUCAACUGCCACAUCCUCGACUUUGAUUUCCAAGGAGGGAUCGGGCAGGAUAUCAUCCCACCCAAAAUUGAGGAGAAGUGCGAGAUUGCAGUUUGCGCCGGGUAUGCCGGCAACAAGAUCUGUGAUGGGAAAUGCAACAACCAUGCCUGUGGCUGGGACGGGGGCGACUGCUCCCUCAAUUUCAACGACCCCUGGAAGAACUGCUCCCAGUCUCUGCAGUGCUGGAAGUACUUCAACGACGGCAAGUGUGACUCUCAGUGCAAUAAUGCUGGCUGCCUCUACGAUGGAUUUGACUGCCAGAAAUACGAAGGGCAGUGCAACCCUCUGUACGAUCAGUACUGCAAAGACCACUUCUCAGAUGGCCACUGUGACCAGGGCUGCAAUAAUUUUGAGUGCGAAUGGGAUGGUCUGGACUGUGCAAACAACAUGCCCGAGAAGCUUGCGGAUGGCACACUGGUGGUGGUGGUCCUGAUCACUCCCGAGAACCUGAAGAACAACUCUUUCAACUUCCUGCGGGAGCUGAGCCGCGUGCUGCACACCAACGUGGUCUUCAAGAAGAACCCCAAGGGGGAGUACAUGAUCUUUCCAUACUAUGGCAAUGAGGAGGAGCUGAAAAAGCAUUACAUCAAGAGGUCAACAGAGGACUGGUCAGAUAUGUCUAGUGCUGUCAUCAACAAGGUAAAGAGCAGCCUCUACUCCAGGGCUGGCAGAAGGCAGAAGAGAGAGCUCGAUCAGAUGGACAUCAGAGGAUCCAUCGUCUACUUGGAAAUUGAUAACCGCCAGUGCAUCCAGUCGUCUUCCCAGUGCUUCCAGAGCGCAACCGAUGUGGCGGCGUUCCUGGGUGCCUUGGCCUCCCUCGGCAACCUGAACAUACCCUACAAAAUAGAAGCCGUUAAAAGUGAAACAGCUGAGCCCACAAAGAACUCCCAGCUGUAUCCUAUGUACGUGGUGGUGGCUCUGCUGGUCUUGUUUGCUUUCAUUGGAGUGGGAGUACUGGUGUCUCGUAAGCGGCGCAGGGAGCAUGGGCAGCUUUGGUUCCCAGAAGGCUUCAAAGUGACAGAGUCAAGCAAGAAGAAGCGACGAGAACCACUUGGGGAGGACUCUGUUGGACUGAAACCCCUCAAAAAUGCUUCAGAUGGCACGCUGAUGGAUGACAACCAAAAUGAGUGGGGUGAUGAGGAGACCUUGGACACCAAGAAGUUCAGGUUCGAGGAGCAGGCGAUGCUGCCUGACACGGACGAUCAGACGGAUCACAGGCAGUGGACCCAGCAGCACCUGGAUGCCGCUGACCUGCGCAUAUCCUCCAUGGCACCUACGCCACCGCAGGGGGAGAUCGAUGCAGACUGUAUGGAUGUCAACGUCAGAGGUCCCGAUGGCUUCACCCCCCUCAUGAUCGCCUCGUGCAGCGGAGGAGGGCUGGAGACGGGCAAUAGCGAAGAGGAAGACGAUGCUCCCGCUGUCAUCUCAGAUUUCAUUUACCAAGGCGCCAGCUUACACAACCAGACUGACCGCACCGGCGAGACGGCGCUGCACCUGGCUGCCAGGUACUCCCGCUCGGACGCUGCCAAGCGCCUGCUGGAAGCCAGUGCCGAUGCGAACAUCCAAGAUAACAUGGGCAGGACGCCCCUCCACGCCGCCGUCUCUGCCGAUGCCCAAGGAGUCUUCCAGAUCCUGAUUAGGAACAGAGCAACCGAUCUUGACGCCCGAAUGCACGACGGGACCACUCCUCUGAUCUUGGCCGCUCGCUUGGCUGUGGAGGGGAUGUUGGACGAUCUCAUCAACUGCCACGCAGACGUCAAUGCCGUGGAUGAUCUAGGCAAGUCGGCACUGCACUGGGCAGCUGCUGUGAAUAACGUUGAAGCCGCAGUAGUCCUCCUGAAGAACGGUGCCAAUAAGGACAUGCAGAACAAUAAGGAGGAGACCCCACUCUUCCUCGCAGCCAGAGAAGGGAGCUAUGAAACCGCCAAGGUCCUGCUCGACCAUUUCGCCAACCGCGACAUCACGGACCACAUGGACCGGCUCCCACGGGACAUUGCCCAGGAGCGGAUGCACCACGAUAUCGUGAGGCUGCUGGAUGAGUACAACCUGGUCCGGAGCCCACCGCUGCACAAUGGCCCACUGGGGGCACCCACGCUGUCCCCACCGCUCUGCUCUCCCAACAGCUACAUCGGCAACCUGAAACCCGCCGUCCAGGGCAAGAAGGCCAGGAAGCCAAGUACCAAGGGCCUGAGCUGCAAUGGCAAGGAUGCCAAAGACCUCAAAGCCCGGAGGAAAAAAUCUCAAGAUGGAAAAGGAUGCCUGCUUGACAACUCCAGUGUGUUGUCUCCAGUGGACUCCCUGGAGUCGCCCCAUGGGUACCUGUCGGAUGUUGCCUCUCCGCCGCUGAUGACCUCUCCAUUUCAGCAGUCCCCUUCCAUGCCUCUGAAUCAUCUGCCAGGCAUGCCUGAUGCCCACAUGAGCAUCAAUCACCUCAACAUGGCAGGGAAGCAGGAUAUGGCCAUGGGAAACUCCAGCAGGAUGGCCUUCGAUUCAGUGCCGCCCCGUCUCUCUCACCUCCCCGUCUCCAGCCCCAGCACGGUGAUGAGCAACGCCCCGAUGAAUUUCUCCGUCGGCGGAGCGGCUGGGCUGAACGGGCAGUGUGACUGGCUCACCAGGCUGCAGAAUGGCAUGGUCCAGAAUCAGUACAACCCGAUGAGAGGCAAUAUGCAACCAGGGGCGCAUCAGCAGACGCAAAACCUGCAACACGGCAUGAUGACCUCCCUGCACAACGGCUUGCCCACCACGAGCUUGUCGCAGAUGAUGAGCUACCAGGCCAUGCCCAACACCCGGCUGGCUUCCCAGCCUCACCUGAUGCAGAGCCAGCAGCUACAGCAGAUGCAGCAGCAACAGCUCCAGCAGCAAAACAUGCAGCCGCAACAGCAGCCACAGCAACCCCAGCAGCAGCCGCCGCAGCAGCCGCCGCCGCCGCAGCAGCACCACAACCCCAGCUCCAAUGCGAGCGGCCACAUCAGCCAAAAUUUCCUCGGUACCGAGCUGAGCCAGCCCGACAUGCAGCCGGCGAGCAGCAGUACCAUGGCAGUCCACACGAUCCUGCCUCAAGAUUCCCAGAUGCUGCCCACAUCUUUGCCAUCCUCCCUCGCCCAGCCCAUGACCACCACGCAGUUUCUAACUCCACCUUCCCAGCACAGUUAUUCCUCCCCCUUGGACAACACCCCCAGCCACCAGCUCCAGGUGCCCGACCACCCUUUCCUAACGCCAUCUCCGGAGUCGCCGGACCAGUGGUCCAGCUCAUCUCCUCACUCCAACGUGUCCGACUGGUCCGAGGGCAUUUCUAGCCCUCCCACGAGUAUGCAGUCGCAGAUGGGACACAUCCCCGAAGCCUUCAAGUAAAAGACGGUGCUUCAGAGACACUGGCGCUCAGUGGGAGUUAGAAGGUCGAGGGAGAUCUUUUUUAAAAGGACAUUGGAUGCUUUUAUUAAAGGAUCCUUUUUAAAUAUGUUUUUAUUAAAAAAAAAUAAAAAGACAAAUUAAUUCCUU